AGAGAUUUUUCUUCUUCAUCGGUUGUUUCUGGCAACAAUGCGCAACCUUGUCUUUUCGUUUCUACUGCUCUGGGCAGCUGGCUGUAAAGCCACGGCACCAGGUUGUAAAUGCUUCCCUGAAGACCCUUGUUGGCCUUCUGGUGAUGAAUGGGAUCAACUCAACAGUACGGUUGGUGGUCGACUGAUUGCUACCGUUCCACUGGGAAGUCCCUGUCAUGACCCGAAUUAUGAUGCUGAAGAGUGUGAACGCCUCCAGAGCGAAUGGCUCUAUUCGUCAGUUCAUACGGAAUCAUCCUCGUCCAUGAUGGCUCCUCUCUUCGCAAACCAGUCUUGCGACCCAUUUCAGCCCAGGGACAAGCCAUGUACACCGGGCAACUACGCCAGAUAUACCGUCAAUGCCACAUCUGCAGAGGAUGUCGCGGCAACUCUAAACUUUGCCAAAGAGAAGAAUAUACGCUUUGUCAUCCGCAACACGGGUCAUGAUUACCUCGGUCGCUCAACCGGCACUGGAUCCCUUGCUGUUUGGACUCACUACCUAAAGGGCGCUGAAGUCAUUGAUUGGAAGGACGAUAUCUAUCAAGGAAAGGCUCUCAAGCUUGGCGCCGGUGUUCAAGGUUUUGAAGCACUUGCUGUAUCCCAUACUGAGAAUCUAGUCGUCGUUACUGGAGAAUGUCCCUCUGUUGGUCUUGCGGGAGGAUAUACCCAAGGAGGCGGUCAUUCAGCACUGAGCACCAAUUUCGGCCUAGCAGCUGAUAACACACUCGAAUUUGAAGUGGCUACUGCUGAUGGAAAGCUUGCUAAGGCGAGCAGAAGCGAAAACAGCGACUUGUACUGGGCUUUGAGCGGCGGUGGCACAGGAAACUUUGGCGUCGUUAUCUCAGCUACCGUACGGGCUCAUCCAGAAGCUCAAGUCAGUGGUGCUAAGUUUCUCGUCACUGCGCCAGAAGGAAGACCAAGGCUCAUAUAUGACGCCAUCGACGCUUUUCAUGCUGCUCUCCCCAAGAUCGUUGACUCUGGGAUCAUGAUCAUCUACUUCUUCUCGGACUCAUUCCUUCAGAUUCCAGCUAUGACGGCCUACAACAAGACCGAGGCCGAGGUCAAGAAAAUCCUUCAGCCUCUCGCUGAUUCAUUGUCUAAUCUUGGUGUCAAGUUCGAGCCAAAUUUUACGCACUUCCCAAGUUACUACGAGCAUUACGAUCACUACUGGGGCCCCCUCCCAGCAGGCAACAUCCAAGUGGGAACACAACUCUUCGGAGGUCGUUUACUGCCACGUAACAAGCUGAAGUACUUCUCUCCAACAGCUCGGAAGCUCGCUGAGAUGGGAGUCACCUAUAUCGGUGUCGGCCUCAACGUAUCCAAAUUCGGAGACAACAAUGCCAACUCGGUUCUACCCCAAUGGCGAGAUUCCAUCGUCCAGGUUUCUUUAACUCUUCCUUGGGAUAAUGAAGCCCCAUGGGAGGAGAUGCUGGAUACACAGAAGAGAAUGACGGAGGAGAUCCAACCUGUGAUUGAGGCUGCUACACCUGGCGCAGGUGCGUAUAUUAACGAAGCAGACUUUCAACAAAAAGAUUGGCAAGAGACCUUCUAUGGCGCCAAUUAUGAUAGACUGCUGAAGAUAAAGAAGAAGUACGAUCCUGAGCAUUUGUUCUACGCGACGGUUGCAGUCGGUAGCGAGGCUUGGUCUGUUGCAUAUGAUGGGCGCAUGUGUCGGUCUCAAAUUUGAGCACCUUACUUGGGCCGAGAUCGUACUCUCGCAGUGUAGUUUAAGCUCAUUAGGGGUAGCUUGGAAUCAUUUUACGACCUUCCUCAAUCAGCCUAAAUAUAC